CUCCAGGUGCUGAGCAAGAUGCCCCCCAGGCCUCCGGCCUCCUUCCCCAUUCUCCUCCUCUUCCUCCUCCCUACCAUCCCUUCACAGCCUCACCCCCCACCCACACCACUGCCCCCGUUUUUGGCCCCUGAGUGGGACCUCUUGUCCCCUCGAGUAGCCCUGUCCCGGGGAGCCCCCUCAGGACCCCCUCUGCUCUUCCUGUUGGAGGCCGGGGCCUUUGGGGAGCCAGUGGGUGCUCCGGCCAACCGCAGUCGCCGUGGGGUGAGCGAGACAGCACCGGCCAGUCGCCGGGGCGAGCUGGCCGUGUGCGAUGCAGUCAGCGGCUGGGUGACUGACCGCCGGACGGCUGUGGACCUGCGUGGGCGCGAGGUGGAGGUGCUAGGUGAGGUGCCAGCAGCCGGUGGCGGCCCCCUCCGCCAGUACUUCUUUGAGACCCGAUGCAAGUCAGACAGCACUGGGGAAGGCAGCCCCGGUGGGGGCGGUGGGGGCUGCCGUGGUGUGGACCGGCGACACUGGAUGUCAGAGUGCAAGGCCAAGCAGUCCUACGUGCGGGCACUGACUGCCGAUGCCCAGGGCCGCGUGGGCUGGCGAUGGAUUCGAAUCGACACUGCCUGCGUCUGUACACUCCUCAGCCGCACGGGCCGGGCCUGA